GUUGCAAAUGCAUCAAUGAGACUCGUUCGCCACUGUCUAUUUUUAGACGUUCUGAAUGAACUCUGUAGCAAUGGUUCUGCAUCCUUCGCAAGUCCCAAUAUACUUAAAACUUUCAGUAAAGUGCCAGACAACCAUACUUUCGAUGUUUCGGAGCAUGACAUGAUGGAAAUCUGCGCUUGCGUUUGACGAAAAGAACCGAAGAUAAUCGAGGCAAUCCGAAAAUUCGCAUAUCAAGAGUUUGGUUAUAUUUUACAUUAAAUAACAAUGUUAAAUUCUAAAUAAAUUGUUGAAUAAAUAAAAUCAAAUAACAAACUAAGCUUACAUAUUCAACUAUUUUCUUAAAUGAUUAUUGAAAAGAUUUGUUCAUUGUUAAAGAUAAUGUUCUACGCUCCUUAAUAAUUAUUUGUGGAAAUGUUAAAGCGUUUAAUAUCAAAAUUGUCAACAAAAUUGAAUUAAACUAUAUUUUUGAUAUUUCUCAUACAUAAUUGAUAUUAAAAUGAAUGGUCCAUUAAAAAAAGUUGAAUUACAGGCAGACGUCUACAUGACAUGCUUUCAGCAUGCAUUAUCAACAGAAAAUUUUGAAGUUAUGGGAUUACUUAUUGGUAAUCUCGAAGAUGGAAUUGCUAGAAUAUCAGCAGUUAUAAUACUUCGUCGUUUGGAUAAAAAAAAAGACAGGGUUGAAAUUUCAUCAGAACAGCUGUUAAAAGCUGCAGCUGAAGCUGAACGACUUGCUGCUGAACUGAAACGACCUAUGAGAGUUCUUGGGUGGUAUCAUUCUCAUCCUCAUAUCACUGUUUUUCCAUCACAUGUUGAUGUCAGAACACAAGAUGCUUAUCAAAUGAUGGAUCCUGGCUUUGUGGGACUUAUAUUUUCUGUCUUUUCGGAGUGUAAAGAAACAAAAGGUCAAGAAAGUGUUUUGAUUUGCUUCCAAUCUCGUAAUGGCGAUGUUAUAGAAAUUCCUUUGGAAAUCGUCAGGACUGAUAAGAUAGCAGAAACAUGUCUAUCUACGAUGAAGGAGCUUCCUAGAAUUCUUAUUCAAGAGGAAGAAGAAGUUGCAGAACCUUGUCAAAAUAAUUCCAAUAUUUUCGCAUACAUUCAUAAUCAUGCAGUGCGCACACGCGCGCUUGUUCAUAUAGGUGAUAUUAUUGUAAAACCGUUGAUAAAAAUAUUUGAGCAGCGACUAGAAACGGAUAAAAUUCGUAAAAGUUACUGGCAACAACAAAUAUUAGAAUUAAAAAAAGAACUGGCAGAGACAAAUCAGUAUAUUCUUCAAGCUGAAAAUCGAAGUGAUUAAAAAGGUAUUUUUUAUUAGAUAAUUAGAAAUCUAUUCUUACGGUUAAGAAAAAGAUUUUAUAUAAAAAUGAAAAGAAUAAAUGAUUAAUAUUGAAAUUAUUAUUGAGUUGAAAUAAAGAAACAAGAUGCGUUUUAAAGAGAGAAAAAAGUAUAUUAUAUUUAUGGUAUUAUCAGAAAGCAUUUUGUAGAGAUCCAAGAUUUUAUAGACUGUAACAAAGAUAUAUGUAAUUAUUUAUUGAACACGAAUUAAUAAAUAGUUAAUUGCAUAUAACCAA